AUGGAACUUUUAGAGAAACAUUAUGGGAAAUUAAUUGCAAGGGAACGUCCACCAUCUAUUGAAAAUAAAACAACAAAAUCUUCAAUAUUUCCAUCAUUAUCUUCACAAAAUAAUUCCCCAAUUAAUUCUCAAUCUGUUAGAGACUCCCCAGUAGCUUUAGAAGAAAUUAAAAAACAACAACUUUUUGAAGCAAAUAUUUGGAAACCAAAAAAUUUAUUUUCUAAAAAAAUUUAUAUUGAUGCAAGUGGAGAAGAAUUUAGUUGUAAAAGGCAACGUUUAGAGACUUUUUGUGAAAAUGGAAAUAAAAGAACACAAUUUGUUAUGAGAUGGUUUGCUAAAGAAGGAAUAUGUUAUUCAUAUCCUUGGGGGUAUUGUCCAGGAGAGCCAAUAGCAACAGAUAAAACAAUUCGAACACUUAAAGAAUGUGAAGCUUUAUGUACAGAUAAAUUAGAUAAAUAUUUAAUUAAAGAAGAAGAACAACAACCAAAUAAACAAAUUUCUGGUGUUGUUAGAUUAAUGGAGAAGGAAGAAAUUAAAGAAGAAACAAUUACAACUUCAACUUUCCAAACAAUUAAUAUUGACUCUGAAAAUGAAAAAAAUAAUUUGGAAUCUUACAAAAUAAUUGCCAAUUCCUCAUCAUUUCAUUAUCCUCCUCAAAAUAACCCAAUUAAAGUCCCUCCUUCCUCUGCCUCAGCAGAAUUAGCAGAAUUUUUACUUUCAGAACAACGUCCAAAUAUAAAAUCAAAAAGAUGUGAAAAAAUAACUCCAUACAGAACAAUUUGUCCUUCAAACGGAUUAACUAGCCAAUUUACUCUUCGUUGGUAUCAAAGAGGGAAUAAUUGUUUUGCUUAUCCUUAUGGAUAUUGCAAUGAUUCAAUAUUUGAAGAAGAACCAAUAAAAACAGAAAAAGAAUGUUUAUUAAUUUGUGUACAAAGAAGGGAAGAAGGUGGUUGGAUGUCGAGAAGAAGAAGACGUUUAUUGAAAAAAUAA